UGUUUCGUAAUUUCACCAACGACAAAGGUCAAGUUCGUACCAGUCAACGCUCUAUAUCUUUCGCUUUCUCUCUAUUUCUGUUACUCCGAUCUCUCUCGCGACCUAUACACACACCUAUACAUACAAAACACACACGCACACAUUUAACAAUGGAGGACAAGCUGAGUUCGAUCGAUUCAGCUCACAUUGACGAAUCGGAGGCUUCGAAUUCGAACAACCACGGCUGGCAGAAGGUGACGUACGCGAAGAAGCAGCGCAAGCAGGCGGCGAAAAAGUCGGAGCCGGCCGGCGAGAAAGUCGGAUCCGGGGGGAGUGUGUUCACGGCUGUGGAGAAGGAGGCGGAGGAGCGCCGGAGGAGGAUUGAGGCGCGGAAAGCGGCGAUCUUUGAUGAUGAUUAUGAUGAGGCUGUUAAGGCGAGAUCGGCGGCGCGGCGAUCGGAUGAAGAGAGCGACGGAGGAGGUUUGGAGAAUGGAGCGGCGGUGGAGGAGAAGAAGAAGGUUAAGGUGAAGAAAGUGAAGAAGCCGAAAAUUUCGGUGGCCGAGGCGGCGACGAAGAUCGAUGCUGAUGAUUUAGCUUCAUUUCUCGCUGAUAUAUCCGCGUCGUACGAGACUCAGCAGGAUAUUCAGAUGAUGCGAUUCGCUGAUUAUUUUGGAAGGGCGUUUUCGGCUGUGAGUGCGUCUCAGUUUCCGUGGAGCAAGUUGUUUAGAGAGUCCCCUAUUGGGAAGACAGUAGAUGUUCCGAUCUCUCACAUAUCAGAAGCUGUUUAUAAGACAUCAGUUGACUGGAUCAGUCAGCGUUCGACUGAGGCUCUUGGGUCCUGUGUAUUGUGGUCUCUAGAUAGCAUCUUUGCCGACUUAGCCAGCCAACAACCCGGUGGUAAGGGUGCCAAGAAAGCCGUGCAACAUGCCACUUCUAAAUCUCAGGUUGCUAUUUUUGCGGUCCUAGCAAUGGUGUUGCGAAGAAAGCCUGAUGUUCUCAUUAGUUUAUGUUCGGUGCUCAAUGAGAAUUCAAAGUAUAAAGGACAAGAGAAGCUUCCUGUGAUUGUUUGGACGGCGGCUCAGGCCUGUCAAGGAGAUCUUGCUGUUGGCUUGUACGUGUGGUCACAUCUCAUAUUGCCUAUAGUUGGUGGGAAACUAGGUUCUAAUCCACAAACGAGGGACCUGAUUUUACAGUUGGUCGAAAGAAUUCUGUCUGCCCCUAAAGCUCGUUCUAUUUUAGUUAAUGGCGCUGUUAGAAAGGGUGAGCGUUUGAUGCCACCUUCAGCACUUGAUUUGCUGUUGCAAGUGACAUUCCCUACAUCAUCAACUAGAGUCAAGGCGACUGAAAGGUUUGAGGCCAUAUACCCCGUCCUCAAAGAGGUGGCCCUUGCUGGAGUCCCUGGAAGCAAGGGAAUGAAACAAGUUUCUCAGCAAAUACUGAUAAUCUCUGCAAAAGCAGCAGGGGAAGGCACUCCUGAACUGUCUAGAGAAGCAACAGACAUCUUUAUCUGGUGUUUGAGUCAACACACUGAUUGCUACACACAAUGGUACAAAAUCUAUAUGGAUAAUCUAGAUGUGAGUGUUGCUGUUUUGAAAAAGCUUACUGAGGACUGGAGGCAAUUAUCUGUCAAACAAUCUUCUCUUGAGGGUUUGGGAGAAGCACUUAAGAGUUUUAGACAAAAGAAUGAAAAGGCUUUAGCAGAUGGAGUAGAACAUUCUCAGCAAACACUCAUCAAGAGUGCAGAUAAGUAUUGCAAGUGGCUGCUCGGGAAGGUCUCACGUGGGCAUGGCUGCAUGAAAGGUUUUGCAUUUGUUGUCAUCGUGCUUGGUGUUGGUGCUGCUGUUUUCUCUCCAAACUUGGAGUCAUUCGAUUGGAAAGAACUUUCGACAAUCUUCAGUCAAUACUCCUUGUGAGAAUGUGUCAGAGACGUAAGUUUGUAGCCUAGUUCAUGCAUACUAAAAACAUACCCUCCAGCAAUAUCAACACAGGCAAAAGAAAUUAAGUAUACCUUAAUAAAGUCGUGCAGAAUGUGGGCUCUGUGAGCAAGUACCGUGUAGGGUUUUGUGAAAUUGAAGUCGGAGAUAGUUGAAAUCUUGAGUUUAAUCUUUCAAAUGUAACAUUAAUACAUGCUAACGUAUACCGAGGCAGCUGCGAAUGUGUCCUACAUUGUGGUUUAGAGGAGGUUAAUGGUCAUAGCUGGCCAUGUUACUUGGUUUUCGACUUUCAGUAUUGUGAUACUUAUGUGAAUUUAGAACUCAGUUUGUAAUUUAGUUAUAUAACUUUUUGGGGUUUUGAA